CAGGUCGAGCGCAAUGGCGGACUUGGACAGCCUGCUGAGGGACCUGGAGAUCGACGUCUCCUCCCCUCCUCCCUCUCGUGCUCCUCCAAGCCAAGCCAAGCCUGUCUCUUCCUCCUAUGACCCUGACCCACUCUCUCCAGACCUCUCCUCGGGCCGAUCCUUUCUGUCCGACCUGUCGCAUUCGGUUUCAAAUGGAGUUCAGGAACCCUCGUCUCGCUCGAGGAACGCUUCGGCUUCAACUUCUCAGCCCACAAAGUCUGGGAUAGACGAGCUACUUGAUGACCUGGAGAGAGAUCUUGACCUGGGAGGGGGCUCAAAGGCUGUUGCUGCUGAGCAGCAGGCGGCUACGUCAACGAAUUCCAACGAGUCCAACCAGUCGGAUCCGUCACAAACAUCCGCAGGCGGAACGAGGAAGUGUGUUGCGAUUUACUUGGGAGGUAGUAAGGAUGAGACUGGCUCCUCCCCGGGGAGGGCGUGCGACAGAUUACGAUGCACCAAGUGCGAUUUCGAUGUCCUGCGCAUCAAGGAUAUGACGUGGCACAGCGACUGCGAGUAUCUCUUCUUUCGAAACUUCUACCCAGAUGUCGACAAGCUCAAGCAGAAGCUCAAGGCAAGAUCAGGUUUUUGCGCUUACGCUUGCCAGUGCACCUGGAGGAGUGCGAGCGAGUUGACGUUGUUGGAGCGCAACGCUGAUAUGCGGUGGGUCUGUCGUGGGCACAGCAACUGAAUGAUCAUCGUCGACAUCAGUGAUCAUUUCUCCCAAGUUCUUUUUUUCCCGCUCUCACGCAGGACAUGGCGUGGGUCCGUUUUCGUUCCCUCAAGCCCAUAGAAAACCCCAAUCCCGAGAUUCAAAACGCUCAAGCAUGAUGAUCCGCUCUUCUAUUCAAUCCAUAUUACAUUACAACGAGGUGAUCUACC